AUGUUUGGCAAAUUUUUCGGAAGCAAGAAUAAAGCCGUUGAUGAUGAACUUUCACAACUCGAAUCAACUCCAAGCAAUGAUAAAAAAGUUGUCGUGGAUCCGAAAAAUUCUGCCUCUCUGAUUGGAAGCAUUCCAAAGAGUUUGCACUUUCUGGAUCUUGAUCAAUUUACCAGCGUGAAAUUGGCAACAGGAGAAUAUUCUGAUAAAGCAUCAACGUUAUUGCCAUUAGUUUCACAUCGGGUGCAAUGUCAUGUGACCUAUCCGAUUGUUCAGGUGGUUUCUACCAUGACAUUUUGUAAUCAAAAUCAGAAAACUAUUGAAGGAGAAUUGUUGUUACCAAUGCCUGAUGGUGCUACUUUGAUAGGUUAUGCAAUGGAAGUUGAUGGUCAAUUGAUUGAUGCUGUCCCAGUUCCAAAAGAAAAGGCAAAGGAAGUUUUUGAAGCUGAAGUUAGAGCUGGAAAUAAGGUGUCAAUGGUUGAGAAGGUUUCUCAAUCCAAUUCAUUCAAAACUCGUGUUUAUCCAUUGCCUUAUAAUAAGGAUAAGACUAUUCAAGUCAAAUAUCAAAUGAUGUUGAAUGAAAUUAUUGAAAAGAGUAAUGAUUCACAAAAGGGAAAGAUUAGAGGAAGUGCUUGGGUUCCAAUGUCAUACUUGAAUUUUGGUGCAUUGAGAGAUGAUACCAAGAUUGAAUUUACACUCAAUCAAACUUCAUUACAAGGAUUUGAAACUGAAGUGUUGAUGGGUGUUGCCAAUGCUGAAACCCAAUCAGUUGAAGAUAAACUGUUGUGGACAAGUAAGAAUGCCAGCUCAAGAACAGGAUAUUUCGAAUUGAAAAAGUCAGAACUCAAUGAAAAUAUGACCGGAUUUAAAUUGGCUGUUACAAAACAAUCAGAAGAUGUUAGGGAUAUUUUAUUAGCUUCUGAAAAUGGCUAUUUCAUGACAUCUAUUCCAGUUCCUCAAUUAUCUACAGAAUUGAGAGAAAUGAGUAGAAUUGGAAGCAAAAUUCAAAUUGUUUGGGAUUGUUCCAAUAGUAACCAGUCACUACAUGAAAAGAACUUGAAGACCUUGAAGGUGAUCCUUGAAGGUAUUGCUCCAACUUCAAUUUCAUUAUCUGCUUUCAGUGCUGAUGUUAUUCAAUCUGUGGAUUUUACAUCUGUUGCAGAAGUUUUGAAAUUUGUCAAAGAUGAACUAUAUUAUGAUGGUGGUUCCAACAUGUUACUAUUUGAUAAGGAUUUGCUUAACAAGUCAGUUGAUUAUUGUAUUGCCUUUACUGAUGGUGUUCAUACAUUUGGACAUGAGAUUAGUCCAUUGGCAAACUUUGAGAAACCAAUUUAUUUUGUCACUUGCGGAAAUAUUGUCAAUUCACCUCUUCUUAAACAUAUUGCUACAAAGAGCGGAGGUGUUUAUUUGAAUUCCAAUGAAUUAACUGAGGUUGACUUAGUCAAGUCAAUUGGAAAACCAGUUCUCUCAUUUGCUGUUGCUGAUUUUGAAGAUUCUGAUCUGGAAGAGGUGUAUCCAAAUGAACCAGUUAGUCUCAAAGAAGGAGAAGUUUUCAAACUGUUUGGUAAAUUCAAGAAUAGUGGAAAGGAAAGUGUAAAGAUAGCAGUUUCUUUCAGAUUCGGUUCCUCUAUUUAUCACGUUCAAGAAUUGGAAUUGCCAGUCAAUUUGGAACAAUGUGAAGCUGCUGUUUUGCCAUUACUAUGGGCUCAACAAAAGAUUGAUUCUCUCUCAGCUUUCCCUCAUCUUUUCAAGGAUGAAAUUAAAAAGAUUGGACAAGAUUUUAGAAUUGUCACUGAAGAUUCUACCUUACUCGUUUUGGAAACUUUGGAUCAAUACUUGAAACAUGACAUUGUACCUCCGCAAACUCUUGCAAAUGUUUACAAGCAAUAUUCUGAAAUGAAGAAGAAUGAAAAAGAGUCUGAGGAAAAAAGAGAAAAGGAUAAAAUUGAAAGAAUUCUUUCCAUGUGGAAAGAAAGAGUUAAUUGGCACAAUCGUGAUUUUACUCCAAGAAAUGCAUCACAAAAACAGGACUUGUGUAAAGAUGAAUGUGAGGAAGAGUUUGCUGGUAGUGCUCCUCAAUUUGAACGCUUAGAAUCCGAUGACUUGUGUCUCAGAGAAGAAGCUGCUGAGUUUCGAUCAUGUGGUAAGAAAUCCAAAAAGAAGGGUGGUAUUUCAUUAGGACUCAGCCUCAGCAAGCGAAGAUCUGAGAGUUCAAGUGGAGGUGGUGGAGAAGACAGAAAGAAGGACAAGAAGGAAAAGAAGUCAGAGGCUAAGAGCACAUCUGAAAGUGCCUCUGGAUCAAUCUCAAUCAAGGCAUGGAGUCCUGACGCCAGCUAUUGUAAAGAAAUUGCCAAAUCCUCCAACCCAUAUAAGGAAUAUUUGAAACAAAGAAAGAGUUACAAAGACUCCCCAGCUUUCUAUCUCGAUGUUGCUGAUUAUUUCCUUUCAAGUGUCAAGGAUUUCAAAUUGGGUGUGAGAAUUCUAUCAAAUAUUUGUGAAUUGGAAUUGGAAAAUAUUCAAUUGUAUCGUAUUGUUGCCUACAGAUUGGAUCAAGCCGAUGCAUUAGAAUUAUCUGAGUGGCUAUUCGAAAAAGUGAAAAAGAUUGCACCUCACGAACCUCAAUCUUAUAGAGAUUUGGCUCUGGUGAAGGAAAGAUUAGGAAAAUAUGAAGAGUCUAUGCAAUUAUUCAAUAAGGUCAUUACUGGAAAAUGGGACAUGCGUUUUGAUGAAAUUGAAAUGACAGCUGCCACUGAGAUGAACCAUCUCUUACUCAAACAACCUGAUUUACCAAUUAUUGACCCACGUUUCAUUCAUCACUUUGAUUUAGAUAUUAGAAUAAGCAUGGCAUGGGACACUGACCAAGUAGAUAUUGACUUGCAUGUUCAAGAACCUGCUGAUAAAGGAGGAGAGCACGCAUAUUAUGCCCACAAUAGAACAGCUAUCGGAGGUUAUGUCAGUAGAGAUUUCAGAAAUGGUUACGGACCUGAGGAAUACAUGAUUAAGGUUGCACCAGCAGGAAUUUACAAGGCAACCACAAACUACUUUUCAAAUCAUUCUCAAAACUUGACAGGUGGCACUAGUGUACUGUGUACCUUUUUCUUGAACUACAUGAGACCAAAUGAGCAACGUCAAAUGUCUACCAUCAGAUUAUCUUCACAUAAACAAGAUAUUGUAGUUUGUGAAAUUAAAAUGGAGUAA